CUGGUGCCGCUCGGUCUCCCGCCCCUGAGCCAUCUUGUGUUUAGCAGGAACAAAAAACGGGAAGAGAAGCGGGUCCAGGCGGAGGAUGGGGUUCUGGUUUUAGGGCCACAGCAGGAGCUUUAAGGGGAUGUUAGGAAGGGAACCAUCAACCACACCCCGCCGAGCUGCUAAUGUCCCCGUUAGCCUGCAGCUAAUCAGGCUAAGCUAUUAGCUCUGCGGACCUGACCGUUAGAGACACUAAAACCUUCCUAUUGUCUCGGAACCCGGUGCUGGACCCCAGCGGCCCCCCGAAGCCCAGGAGGACCGCGGUGGACAUGAGCCAGGACACCCUGUGAGACAAAACCCGGGAUAUGAAGACCGGCGCGCGCCGCUAGCUUCCUGCUAACCUUCCCUUUUCGGUCUGUAGAGGAUCCAUCACCAGCUGCGGCCCUGGCCAUGCCCUCCAAUGCGCGGGCGGGCAAUCUGAAGGACCCGGACGUGGCGGAUCUGUUCUGCAAAGAUGAUCCAGAGAAGCUGUUUACGGAUCUGCGUGAGAUCGGCCAUGGCAGCUUUGGAGCCGUCUACUUUGUGAGUAACUCCUCUAACCUGUCCACUAUCCUGUCCUCUACCCUGUCCCCUAACCUGUCCCCUGUCCUCCAGAAAUGGCAGGACAUCAUCAAGGAGGUGAAGUUCCUGCAGAAGCUGCGCCAUCCUAACACCAUCGAGUACCUGGGCUGCUACCUGAAGGAGCACACGGCAUGGCUGGUCAUGGAGUACUGCCUGGGCUCUGCCUCGGACCUCCUGGAAGUCCACAAGAAGCCGCUGCAGGAGGUGGAGAUCGCCGCCAUCGGCCACGGAGCGCUGCAGGGCCUGGCCUACCUGCACUCCCACAACAUGAUCCACAGAGACGUGAAGGCCGGGAACAUCCUGCUGACUGAACCGGGUCAGGUCAAACUGGGCGACUUCGGGUCGGCCUCCAUCGUGUCUCCAGCCAACUCCUUCGUGGGAACGCCGUACUGGAUGGCUCCUGAGGUGAUCCUGGCCAUGGAUGAAGGUCAGUACGACGGGAAGGUGGACGUCUGGUCGUUGGGGAUCACCUGCAUCGAGCUGGCGGAGAGGAAGCCGCCGCUCUUCAACAUGAACGCCAUGAGUGCCUUAUACCAGAUCGCCCAGAACGAGAGCCCCGUCCUGCAGUCCAACCACUGGUCUGACUCCUUCCGCAGCUUCGUGGACUCGUGCCUGCAGAAGAUCCCUCAGGACCGGCCCACCUCCGACAUCCUGCUCAACCAUCGCUUCCUGUGCCGCGAGCGUCCGCUGACGGUCAUCAUGGACCUGAUCGCCCGCACCAAGGACGCCGUCAGGGAGCUGGACAACCUGCAGUACCGCAAGAUGAAGAAGAUCCUGUUCCAGGAAACGCAGCAGAACGGUCCGGUGUCUGAGGGAGGAGAGGACGAGGAGGAGGCGGAGCAGUACCUGCUGCAGAGCGGAACGGUGAACAGCAUGGAGAGCUCCCAGUCCGUUCCCAGUAUGUCCAUCUCAGCCAGCUCCCAGAGCAGCUCCGUCAACAGCCUGGCGGACGCCUCCGACGACAGCAGCAGCGAGAUGGCCAUCAUGCAGGAGGGCGAGAACACGGUGACCUCCAACAGCUCCAUCAUCCACCGACCCAUGGGUCCCGACAACAUCUACGACGACCCGUACCAGCCGGAGAUGGACCAGCCCCAGGCUCCGUCAGCGGGGCGCCGCCGGGCCUUCUACCGGAACCGGGACCACUUCGCCACCAUCCGCACCGCCUCCUUGGUGACCCGUCAGAUCCAGGAACACGAGCAGGGCUCGGCGCUGCGGGACCAGAUGUCCGGCUACAAGCGGAUGAGGCAGCUGCACCAGAAGCAGCUGAUGGGCCUGGAGAACAAGCUGAAGGCGGAGAUGGACGAGCAUCAGCUGAAGCUGGACAAGGAGCUGGAGAACCAGAGGACCAACUUCUCCUCAGAGUUGGACAAGCUGGCUCGGAAGAACCAGGCCAUCCUGGAGAAAGAGAUCAAAGCGGCUCUGGUGGAGGAGAAGAAGUUCCAGCAGCAGAUCCUGGGCCAGCAGAAGAAGGAGCUGAGCUGUCUGGUGGACUCUCAGAAGCGCCAGUACCGCCACCGCAAGGAGCUGCUGAAGGAGGAGCUGAGCGAGAACCAGUCCACCCCCAAGAGGGAGAAGCAGGAGUGGCUGGUCCAUCAGAAGGAAUGCAUGCAGCAGAUGAUGGCGGAGGAGGAGUCCAACCUGCUGCGCCGCCAGCGCCAGUACUACGACCUGCAGUGUCGCCAGUACAAGAGGAAGAUGCUGCUGGCUCGCCACAACCUGGAGCAGGACCUGCUGCGAGAGGAGUUGAACAAGAAGCAGAUCCAGAAGGACCUGGAGUGCGCCAUGCUGCUGCGGCACCACGAGUCUACCCAGGAGCUGGAGUUCCGGCAGCUCAGCACGGUCCAGAGAACCCGGGCCGAGCUGAUCCGGACCCAGCACCAGACCGAGCUCACCAACCAGAUGGAGUACAACAAGCGGCGCGAGGAGGAGCUCCGGCAGAAGCACACCGUGGAGGUUCGGCAGCAGCCCAAAAGCCUCAAGUCCAAAGAGGCGCAGAUUAAACGGCAGUUCCAGGAGACCUGCAAGAUCCAGACCCGGCAGUACAAAGCUCUACGGAACCACCUGCUGGAGACCACCCCCAAGUCUGAGCACAAGGUGGUCCUGAAGCGGCUCAAAGACGAGCAGACCCGGAAGCUGGCCAUCCUGGCCGAGCAGUACGACCACUCUGUCAACGACAUGCUGUCCACGCAGGCUGUGAGCAAGCUGCGGCUGGAUGAGACCCAGGAAGCAGAGUACCAGGGGCUGCGCAUGCAGCUGCAGCAGGAGCUGGAGCUGCUCAACGCCUACCAGAGCAAGAUCAAGAUCCACACGGACGGGCAACACGAGCGCGAGGCCAAGGAGCUGGAGCAGAGGGUGUCAAUCCGCCGCGCCCUGCUGGAGCAGAGGAUCGAGGAGGAGAUGAUUUCCCUUCAGAACGAACGCUCCGAGCGGAUCCGGACCCUGCUGGAGCGCCAGGCCCAUGAGAUCGAGGCCUUCGACUCGGAGAGCAUGCGUUUGGGCUUCAGCAACAUGGCGCUGACGGGCAUCUCUGCUGAGGCCUUCAGUCAGGGCUACCCGACACCCAGCCCGUCCUCCGGUUCCGGGGGCUGGCCGUCCCGGCCCGUCCCACGCUCAGGCAGCCACUGGAGCCACAGCGUCCAGAACUCUCUGGCCACGCCCACCUGGCACAGUCAGAACCACGGCGGGAGCUUCAGCCGGGCCGAGUCUGUGGCCUCCGCCCACGGCCUCAUCAGGGACAGUGAGCUGAGCAAGAGCGGCCGAAGCCACGCCCCCUCAUCCUCAUCUUCCUCCCAUCAUCACCAUCAUCAUCAGCAGCAGCACUACCAGCACCAUCAGAGCACGCCGCAGCUGUACCGAGACGACCGGGACUCUAGAGAGCGCGAGCGAGUCCGGGAGUGGCCCUCAGCAGGAGGGGGGGCUCCCUACUCCCACCAUCCAUCCAGGGGCCUCCAGCAGCUCUCCUACCACGCCUCCUCCCAGUCCCUGGCCGUCCUUCCUCCUGCUCCUCCUCCUCCUAUCUCCUUCUCCUGCUCCCCUGCAUCCUCUGCCUCCUCCUCCUCCUCCUCCUCACAGGGCGGCUACGGAGGGGGAGGUUUGAGCGUCAGGGGCCCAGGCAUGGCCCUCAGGAACAGCCCCCAGCCUCUGAGGAGGACGGCCUCUGGGGGCCCCAGUGGGGGCGGCAGUGAUGGAGGCCUCAGCAGGAGCACAUCAGUCACCUCCCACAUCUCCAACGGAUCCAACCUCUCCUUCUCCUAAAUCAGUCCGCUUCUGCUCCGCCCACGGUCCCGCCCAUCAGCUACGUCCUGCUUCCACAGGAGACCAGCUGGAGUCCUCCACCUGGUCUCCGUGGUGAUCUCCACCUGGUCUCCGUGGUGAU